CGAGAUUUGGUUACUUUAAUUUCAAAAACUCAAAACCCCUCUCGCUCUCUCCCUAACCGAACCCUAGAAAUUUGUGAUCUUCAACGGGAAGGGAAAAAUGAGUCAACCUCCUCCCUCCGCCGGCCGCGAGCUCGCGAAUCCACCUUCCGACGGCAUAUCGAAUCUCAGAUUCUCCAAUACAAGUGACCAUCUCCUCGUCUCGUCAUGGGAUAAGCGUGUGAGAUUGUAUGAUGUGAGCACCAAUUCGUUGAAAGGAGAGUUCAUACACGGCGGCGCGGUGCUCGAUUGCUGUUUCCACGACGAUUCAUCCGGUUUCAGUGUUGGCAGUGAUAACAAAGUCAGACGGAUUGUUUUCAAUGUUGGGAAAGAGGAUGUGUUGGGGACGCAUGAGAAGCCUGUGCGGUGCGUUGAGUAUUCUUAUGCUGCUGGGCAAGUGAUCACUGGAUCUUGGGAUAAAACAGUCAAGUGUUGGGAUCCAAGAGGUGCAAGUGGCCCUGAACGGACUCAGGUGGGAACAUACGUGCAACCAGAGCGUGUCUACUCUCUGUCUCUUGUUGGAAACCGUCUCGUUGUCGCAACAGCAGGAAGGCAUGUCAACAUCUACGAUCUCAGGAAUAUGUCUCAGCCUGAGCAAAGAAGGGAGUCUUCACUGAAAUACCAGACGAGAUGUGUUCGUAGUUAUCCUAAUGGAACAGGCUAUGCUCUUAGCUCUGUUGAAGGAAGGGUUGCGAUGGAGUUCUUUGAUCUGUCAGAGGCUGCUCAGGCUAAGAAAUAUGCUUUCAAAUGUCAUCGGAAAUCAGAGGCUGGAAGAGACAUUGUAUACCCUGUAAAUGCCAUUGCUUUCCAUCCAAUUUAUGGCACCUUUGCAACGGGAGGCUGUGAUGGUUUCGUGAAUAUUUGGGAUGGGAACAACAAGAAGAGGCUGUAUCAGUAUUCAAAUUAUCCAUCAAGCGUCGCAGCACUGUCAUUCAGUCGAGAUGGUCAGCUACUAGCUGUUGCUUCAAGUUACACCUUUGAAGAGGGGGAGAAAUCGCACGAGCCAGAAGCCAUCUUUGUAAGAAACGUCAAUGAAAUCGAAGUAAAACCUAAACCCAAAGCAUAUCCAAAUCCUGCGGCAUAGUAGGGAAGAAACAGAAGCAUCCUCAACACAAGUUGGUCUUUGUCUUUAGUUACCUAAUGUCCCAUAGAUUCUGAAUCGAUUCAUAAGUAUGUCGGAGCUUUUAAUCUCUUUUGUUAUUGUUUUGAGUGUAUUAAAGUAGAAGUAUAUACUUAAUACAAUGCUUUGUAGUUCAUUUGGCUAUGAUGACCUAUUAUUAUUACCUAAGAGAAUCUAUUAGAUUAAUGCC